UCUCUCUGGCCGCGUGGAUAGCAGGAGCUCCGGCUCCGGCGGGUGGAAGGCCUCUGGAAUUUGAAUGUUGAUUUUCCCCUGUGCGGCUCUGGUCCGAGGUUUACUUCGACCCUCGGUUGUUUCGGUCAGGCACCUCUCUCGUUGGACGGGGAGCUCGCCUGUCGUCCACCGCAGGAGGUUCUCACUGUCGUUCGUGGCAAUGGAGGAGAAACAGGAUGUAGAGGAGGAGGAGGAGGCGAGCGGCGACAAGAAGGUCUACGCUCACUACAAUCACACCCUUCCAUCCAAAUACCCUCGGUGGACAGCAAGGGAAAGUUUUCAGUUCAUGGAAGAUAGGCCGUGGCAAGAAGUUCGGGAUUUUUACUCCAAUCUAGUAGACGGGCAAUCAUCCCUGCCCACAUUGUUCAGAAAUGAGCACCCUGUUCAUGAUGAUAUCGAACUUCCAGAGGCUUCUGGCCAAAUUGGACCGGAGAAUGCUUUGAAAGAAGACAGGACAGGAAGGUGGGCGAGGAAAACAUUUAAGAUUGUGCUAUCCUAUCAUGGGCCUUCCUUUGAUGGGUGGCAAAAGCAGCCCGACUUAAACACCGUUCAAGGUUUGAUCGAAAGGUCUCUUGGGAGGUUUGUCGAUGAGAGGAAGGCUAAGCUGCUCAAGGAGAAGCAUUUACCGCUAGAGGGCUGUGCGAUUGUUGCUGGACGCACUGAUAAAGGAGUGACUGCUUUGCGGCAAGUCUGUUCUUUCUAUACAUGGAGAGAGGAUUUUAAACCUCAAGACAUUGAAGAUUGCAUUAAUAGUGCAGCACCAGGAAAGCUCAGGGCUGUGUCAGUCUCUGAGGUAUCACGUGAAUUUCAUCCUAACUUUACUGCUAAAUGGAGGCGAUACUUUUACAUCUUUCCUUUGAAUGAUGGAGAGGAUGAGGAAGAGGAAGUCUGUGGAAUCAAGGUGGAUAGUGGGACUCUUCAUGAAGAUCACAUUAGUGACAGAAAUGGAUUUGAUGAUCAUAUCGUCCGGGAAGUUUCCAAGGACUUAAUAUUAUGUGAUGGGGAUGAUGAGCUUGGAGGAGGAAACAAACCGAGAAAGUUCGACGUUGCUCGGGUUAAUAUAUUUCUGCGGCUGCUUGAAGGAAAAGUUUUGUCCUACAAAAUGUUUGCACGUGAUACGAAGGCUUCAAGAAACAUAGGCCCUCCAACUGAAUGCUUCAUGUACCAUGCCCGAGCUCGAGUAGCCCAUUUAAGAUGCUCGGGUGUUGAAAAAGAAAGGAAAGUUAUGUGUGUUGAGCUGGUGGCAAAUCGCUUUUUACGCAAGAUGGUACGAGUUCUUGUGGCGACUGCGAUAAGGGAAGCUGCAGCAGGGGCAGAAGAGGAAGUUUUGAUAAAGCUCAUGGACUCAACUUGCAGACGCGCCACUGCUCCACCAGCUCCCCCAGAUGGCCUUUGUCUUGUUGAUGUUGGAUAUUCAGAUUUCGAUCCCACAAACUGCCUCAUUGUAGAUUAGCGGAUUAUUGAUGGAGUAAUAGGCCAGUGAUACAGAUUGAUGACUGGCUAUAUGGAUCCUCUGCUUAUAUGCAGCAACGCGAGCUAAUCUGCAGUUGCCAUGGAAUUGCACCGGGAGUUGUUCUUAGAAGAACUGGUUAUCCGAAAUCUUGGAUGUACUUUAUUGAACUCAUCCUCCCAAGAUCCAACUGCUCGAAUACGUCUCUGCUUCAUCAAA